UGAUGUCUCUAUGCUUGUGACUCUAACCUACUGAUCUGCCAUAUAGAAUUGACGCAAUUGACCCUUUGCCCUCCUUGCAAAAAGCAGCAUAAGCACAUUAUGGACUCGACAAUGCAGCUCCAUCCACGCACAGCGGCCGACCAGACACUGGAGCCAGUGGACCUGAGUCAUGAACCAGAGGCAGGAAACGCAACGAGUCAGGAGAUAGGCGCCGAGGUUUGUGCCCAGCGGGAAAAGAUCGUGGACAUUAUCUGCUAUGGCAUUGGAUCGGUGGAGUCCUCCCGCAACUCGCAGUUUCAAAUAGCCUUGGCCCUCUGUCUGAAAGAUAUACUGCGGCUAUCAGGGACGAUGUCGAUAUUUGAUCCUGUCAUGACCGAGUAUGACAAACAGCUGGCAGAAAAGCUAGGUCUCCAUGUUCUAAAGGCCAAUGAUCAAGCAAACCAGGUCCUCAGUGCUCGGACCUUACUUUACAUGCCUCACUGUCCCAAGGGCCUGUAUUCUCAUGUGCUUGAGGCGAAUUGGUCUCGGAAGCACCUAGACAACAUGGUGAUCCUCGGCAACCGUUUCACCAUGUAUGAUGAGAGUCCUUCUUUCAGACAGUUUGCCAAGCAGGCACCGUUCAUCCUCCCAGCGCUCACCAUCGCGACUGUUCAUGGUUUGCCAGAGACCAAGUUUGAGGAUAACACAGUAUUCAACGAUCUUGCCUUCCACUGCUUUCCUGCAGAUAAAAUCCUGCCAGACGUGGAUGUACAAGGCCGCGAAGUCGAUCCUGAGCUCUUAUAGUUAUCCACUUGUAAUAAAGAC